GCUUUACCAGCGGGCCGUCAUUACUCAGUGACUCUGAGACGCAGAUGACUGCUAAGCUGGAGCUGGCACAAAGGCAGCUCGCCAUCUGUUACUUCAGGCUGCAGCUGAAGCUGCUGCCUCAUCAGCACCAAAUUUCUGACAGGUCUGAACAGUGUCUGAUAGCAUAUCUGCCAUAUAAAAAUCAGGAUGUCCUUAAAUGCGUCCAUUGACCGUGACAUGCAACUAAAUGAGUGUCUCCUCAGCUUUUACAGCUAUGCUGCAUGGGUGACCUUUGAGAGGCGGGGCCUAAAGGGCAUUCGGAUGGAGACUGGACGCUUGUUUGGCUCAAACAUGUUUAACCCCGCCCUGAAUGAAUCAAAAAAAGGAUUGAAAGACCAGGAGAGUUCACAGAGGAGUCAGUCUAAGGUUCUGAACUCCCGACAAGCAUCACUGAAUAACUGGAAGUCAAACCGUCUUCCUCCCCUAAACAAAAUCAUAACCCAGCGUUCCCCGCUGAUGGUCUCUCUGCUGCCUACUCCACAAGAAAAGGCCCCUCACCUGUUUGAGCGCGUCAGAGGUCUUAAAGUGCCCUCGACUGAAGACUGUGAUUCAGAGGCGGUGAUGGAGGAGCUCAAAGAGCAGCUUAAAGAGCAGCUGAAGUCUCUUAGCUUUGGAAUCCUCGGAAAGCCUUUGAGCCAGUUCAGCUCCGAGACACUGAAGCCUCAGGAAGGCCCGAGUGAAGAGGAGACUGAGAAUGAGGAAGACGAGGGUAGUAACAGCGAUGUGGUGAGCACUGACCCACCCGUACUCAUCAGGAGUAACAAAACCUCUGUCACUGGCCAAAUAUCGCUCACCGCAGCUACAGACAAACGCAUGCGCUCUAGCCGAGCGGACUUAGUCUCCAGAGCUACCACUGAAGCGGUGUCCUCAGACACAGAAUAAAUCUGAAAA